CAUGUGACCGGGGACGAAAACAGGAACAAAAUGGCUGCAACUGGCGACGACGCCGCCGCUAUGGACAGUAUCUCCAAGGCACCGGCGGCCCAUUUGGCGGCUCUGAACCCAGCUGCAAGCACCAGCGUCCCCGCGGAAGGCCCGGAGGAUGCGGCGGACAGUCUGGCGGCCGCUUCCAGGAGACCCGGCACGAACAGUGAUGGGGGUGUGGAGACAGCAGAGGAGGCUGUGGAGCCUGCAGAGCCUGACAUCAACGAGCUGUGCACUGACAUGUUUGAAAAGAUGGCUGUCUUCCUGCAAGGAGAAUUAACAGCCACUUGUGAAGAUUACCGUCUGUUGGAGAACAUGAACAAGCUCACUAGUCUGAAAUACAUGGAAAUGAAGGACAUCAGCAUCAACAUCAGCCGUAACCUGCAGGAUCUGAACAAUAAGUAUGCUAGCCUACAGCCGUACUUGGACCAAAUAAAUCAGAUUGAGGAGCAAGUAUCUGCACUUGAACAAGCUGCUUACAAACUGGAUGCGUAUUCCAAGAAGCUGGAAGCCAGAUUCAAAAAACUGGAGAAGCGAUGAAUGGGAAGAGGAGGCAGACUGAGAGUUAUGGUGCCUUCUCACCGUCUUUCACCCUGCUUUGCUGACUGCUCUCCCUGCCAGCGGAGCCAGGAGCUGCAGGGAGGAUGUGAACUGAGACUGAAACAACAAACAGUCUGAGCCACUUUGACACCUAGAAAUGACCUGGGAGGAAGCAGCUGAAUGCACAUGAAUUAGGACCGAAGUGUUUGGCUUCGAUUUAGCUCCUGUAUCACAGAUUUUUGGCAGCAGUCAUGCAGCCGAGGUGUAUACCCACAUCCUUCUGCAGAUGCAUUUUAUGCGGAAUAAAUCUGCCUAACACCGCCAUAUCUUAACUGAGCGAUGGAAUCAGAAAAUACUAAUCCACUAAUAUGGCAUAUAUAACAACACUGUUUGUCCAAUGUAGAUAAUUUACAUGAUGAAGCAUGCUUAGAGAUGUGUUUUUAAUCGUGUCCCAAGGCGCUGACCUCUAAAGUUCCACGUAGCAGUAGUAGCCUGAGAUAUCCACUGGAAUAAUUUGUUGUUACACAUUUAUCUGCUGGGCAGUGUGAGCGGUUCCUGUUUAACUUAAAUAGAUUUAUAAAAGCUACUGUGUAGAGGACAACUGAUGAAACUGUCUCCAAAGAAUGAGUUUGAUGUUUGCAGUUUAAAAAGGAAGACCUAAAACUUUUUAAAUAAAUACUGAAGUGUGCA